UAGGAGGUAGCAUUGCUAGGCCUGCAUUCUUAUUCUUAGGUACCUACCACGUACUAAGGUACCUAACGUAUAGUGCUAUCGAGACAGGCUGCCUUGGGAAUCUUCCGCCCGCCCGAGCUACUAGCUCCCAUUCGUCCUCCGCCCAGGUUGACAGCGGGGAGUCCCAGUCCGGCAACGCCAUUGGGCAUUCCCCCGUUGCCCCGUCUCCACACGAGCACCCCCCUUCUCCGGUACGUACCCAUCCCAUGUACGAAGCUAGGCGGGUGCAUGCAUAGCAAUGGCCUAUCCUUACUUGUGCUCCGACGGGCCACACACAGAUUGCCUUCAUCCGCACGCUGGGAAACCAGCAAGCUCCCUUUCCCCUCAGGUGGCCAUCCUCCUUUUAAUCCCACGAGGUGUUCCUUUUUCUUCUCUUCUGUUCUUCCUCUCUCUUGUGGCCUUGUGAUAUUUCCUUCCGGCCUAUCUUCCGGUUUAACUUGCCUGCGUAGCUGAUCCGUCCUCUCUUCGCCAACGUGGGAAAUCCGCACAGCCGGUGCUUUGUUCACGUCAGCCACGCAUUCUCCAGUCAGGAUCACCUGCCUCAUUCUCGACGGCGUGCAUGUGAUACGGGCAGGAUCCCAUCCAUCCACGGGUCUGAAAUACGGAGAUUCCACCGCAUCUCUCGUCGCCACCUCGAGCAAACAAGACACACCCAGAGCAAACCAGCAAUCAUGACGGCCUCGACCAUUAGACAGCCAGACGCCCAACAGGUCCUGGGACCUCUCUUGCCCACCCUCCCAGCCGCUGCGCUAUCGACGGAGCCGACUGACAAGGUCUUGCCUCUCCUCUCUCCCAUUUUAAGACAGCGAGUUCAGCUUCUGUCUUCGUCCAGCCAGGAGCCGUGGAUUCGAUUAUUAUGUUAUGAGCCAGCCAAAGUCGCCAGGUUGGUGGAGAUCGCCCAGAGCGACCGGCUACAUCCCCAUCCCGUGUCCGGCGAGGUCGAGGUCGACUGGGACUACGACGCCGACACCCGCUAUCGGCGAGUGGAUGAAGAGACCCUCCAGGCGUUGGUAGUCUUAAGAGACAUGAACCUGGCUUUUCGUUUGAUCUACUGUACCGGUGACCCCGCGGACGAUGGCUGGAAAGUGGGCGAAGUCAGCGUUGCCGAGAAGCCAUCGCCGUUUUCGUCCUUCGGAGGUGUCUCGAGCAUUAACGAGGCCGAGAGGCAAUUCCACGAGUCGAAGGCGAGGGGGAAACUGACAACCCGAACCCACGCGCCGGCAGGAGAUCGAAGCUUUCUCCGAGAGCAGGAGGAGGAGGAUGACGAUGACGACGACUACUGGGCUCGGUAUGACGCGACGCCGGCUAGGACGCCGGCUGUGAAGAGAUCUCCCGCGCCGGAGUUCACCUAUGGCAACCGAACGACAGCAGAGGAUGACUACUAUGCUCAAUACGACGAUGUGCAGCCCGCGAUGGAUAACCACGACCCGGACGAGGAGGCCAACCUCGACAUAGCGCCGCCUCUAGGCUUAGCCGCGAGACCAAGCAAUCCGGCAGCGAGCGGAAGCGAAGAGGAAGACGGUGAACUUAACGAAACCCAGGGCGCAUGGACGCUGGCUGAGCCGCCGAGAUCGCCUUCCACGCACUCGAGGCGGAACGAAGAUGAUCCACUCUUGAUUCAUCCGAGACCAGCUUCGAGCGCCAGUUCCAACGCGUCAGUCGAAAAGCUCGAGGCCGCGGCGGCAAAGCAAGAACUCAACGACUUCGGCGUACAGCAACAUGUGUCUCGAAGCAUCAAGAGCCUGUACAUGCUGUCCCGUGCAUCGGGUAUCGAUCGCGAGGAGUUUGAGCGCUUAGUCAAGACGGAGCUCGACACGCUAGCGCUGAUGGAGGACUAAGGCUUGUUUUCCCUCAUCUGUUGGUUGGGUUCACGUCCUGCCAUAUUUAUUCAGAGGAAUAUUAGGAGGGUGAGCCCUUUUUUUUUCCCUGGUUGUUAUUAGUGGGCGUUUAACGGCUUUUGACCCGUUGAAAAAUGUUGGGGUUCUCCGGUAUGCCCCUCCCCAGUUACGACCCGGUCCGGACGGAACUAUUCCAGGCUAUCUAUUGCAUGGACACCGGCGUUAUGUUUUAUGUACGACUAGUCAGCCAGAAUACCACCGAGCGUUUGCAUUGAUCUUAAAAGAGGUUCCAGUUAUUCAUUGCCAAGCAUGUGGGUAGAAUUACUAGAGUAUAUGAGUAGACAGUUGGGUAUAUAGGUUCGGCGCCAUUCAAGCGGGAUCUGACCUGAUGUAUGUACUCACCAUUGCCACUAAGCGUAUCUGGCGUGUAAGCGGAAGAAAGAUGCACGGCGUCUUAUUACCUCCCAAGUACCUCUUAAAAAUCUCAUCUUAAAUCAAGGUCAUGCCUAACUGUAUAUAACGGAAAUAUGCACUUAUCUGCUCAUAGACACCUG